AUGGACGAGGGCCUCUCUCCUGCUAUCAUAACUGCUAAGGGCGGAACCAGCCAGGAUGCGGAUCUUGCAACACAGGUCUACCGUGACGCUGUUCUCUACUUCAAGGCCAAUCUCACUUCGGAUGCUCGAAAAUGUUCAUUGGUGGAAAGCACUACAAAAUUACAAGACAUUCAGGACCUUUUGAAAAAGACAGAUGACGAGAAUACAGCCUAUCGACGAUGGCCAAAGUUGAGAUCUCGCCUCCAUGGCGCCGCCAGCGUGCUCCAGUACUAUUCGAAGGUUUUUGAUAGUCUUGCCCAACAUCACCCCGAAUACGUGGCCCUAGCCUGGGGCGCAUUUCGUCUAGUACUGACAGUCGGUGCUGCCCAACCCCUUCGUUCAACACGUCUUUUUGACAUGUCAUGA